AUGGUAACAGUACCAAAAGGUAUCCAAUAUUGGACAGUGCCUUACACUGGAACGUAUGAAAUUAUUGCUGUUGGUGCACUGGGAGGUUAUGAUAAAUACGGAUCAACAUACAGAGGUGGAGGUUGUGGUAGAUUUUACAGCAAUGGAAGAAGUAGUAAACAAUUUGAUGGUAACUAUGGAUAUGGAGGAGGAGGUUUUGCCUUCAUAAAUGCAGGAACAGGUCGUGCCAAGCUUAACAAUGCUGUUGGUGGAUUUGGAGGUGGAGCAUAUGGUAAUGGUGGAGGAGCAGGUGGAUACUCAGGUGGAGCAUCUGGGGAUAAUUUGAAUGGAUCUUGUGGUGGUGGUGGGUCUUACAAUGUAGGAAAAAAUCAAGUGAACAAGUCAGCAUUUAAUGACAAAGGAGACGGAUAUGUCGUUAUCACUCGAACGUCUUAG